AUGGCUGGAAGAGGUCUAAUUGAAGGUGAAUGUGGAGGUCCCAACUCUCUUGUCAAGCUCACCUCCCACUUCGUUCAAGACAGAGGAUUAAAACAGGAAGCCUAUGGAGCAGCAAACAGGUUCCCACCACCAAAACCUUAUGAGCUUGUUGGAGAGUUUCUGUCCAGCCACCACACGGCAAUGGCACCUCAGACCUUCCACAUGGGCAGUCUUCUCCAGGAAAUGAGGGAGAUUGAGGGAGCAGAGAUGAUAUAUGCACCUCAGCGAGCACCAGGCAUUGCUGAGCUGGCAACUGCUGGAAACUGGACCGAAGAGUUCCUGGCCACAAGUAAUGCCAACAACAAACACAUCCCUGGCAGUAAUGAUCAGUGGGCAGCUGAAUUUGGGCGUUUACGAGGAGCAGAGGAAGUCAAGUGGGCACAUGAGUACCUAGAGAAUGGAGAUCACGGCAAACUGGCAGACGAGUAUCUUAGUCAGCUGGAUGGGCAAGUUUGGUCUUCAGAGUAUGAGAAGGAGUUGCUGGAUGACACAAAGUGGGUGGAUGAGUACUCCUUACAUCAGAGCGACAAGGAAUUGGAACAGACGGCCAAUGCACUGCUUGGUUCUAUCACUGACCCCAAAAUUAACGAAUCUGAGUUCAUGAAGUUUGUGAAGAAGAUUGGUGAUGGUGAAAUCAGCAUCAAAGACAAUCAGGUGAUUGACAAGUCCAUGGAUGAGCUCGCUGAGGCCUGGUCACAUGACUUCACCUCAUCACAGGCU